AUGGUUGGUCUUUCGAUGAACCGUAGGAGAGGUCCUCCUCCCAACCUUCGGCUCGACAUUCCUCAAGAGCAACACCAAGAACGAGCCGUCAAGUCGCCAGGACCUCUGACGCCCAACAGACCUCUCAUAGGCUCUGACAUACCUAUACUCCCAGCUCCUCAGCAAACCACCUUAAUAACAUCUACUCAUGCUCCUUUGCCAUCCAAUGGUCCUGCGGACACGCUCCCUCAGAUUCCAACGACCACUCAACCUGCUGUAGUACCCUCAUCAAGCGCACCACCAAGGAUAAUUACACCUCCAUCAACACCGAUCUCUAGUGCACCUCCAAAGUCACCGACCCUUCGCCCAAGCGUGUCAGUAUCAAGAACCACAGUGUUCAUCACAACAACGAGACCUCAAUCCUCGGUUCUCCCGAGCCCUACAAAUACAGUUUUCGUCACCGCUGCGCCCCAGACGAUAACAGUAACUGCGCCAUCUAUCCCAAUCCCAUCGAACGACCUCAACGGCGAUAGUGGAAGCAAGCCUCAACCUCAACCCCAGCCAUCAGCCAUUGGGUCUACUCAAGGUGUAUCUUUCACCAGUGGAUCUGGCGUUGCCGUUCUUGGGGUGCUCGGAGGCAUUGCCGCGACAUCCAUCCUGGCAAUGGCCGUAUUGAUAUUCUGGCGCAAAAGGAAGAAUCGCAACAGCAUGGGCUCGGGAGGGUUAUUUACAGGAAAGUCACAAUAG